UACGUGCGCUGGCCCCGCCCCCCUCCCCUCAGUCAGUGCUUCACGCGCAGCUCCUGCUCAGAAAUGGCGGCUCUUUUGGAAUCGGUUCUGCUGCAGAAAGACCCGAACUCGGUGCUGGACUGGCUCAGAAACGUCCAGGAGUGUGACACUCUGGCCUACAGUGAAUCUGGGGUGACCGUGCACAAACAGGAAUUUGUCCCGUUUCUUUUAAACUUCCUAAGAGAGCAGAGCAGUCAAGCACUAACUCAUGGCCCCGCCACGCCUGCCAAGACUCCCAGCCGCCCCAGAGCUGCUGCACAGACGCAGGGCUCCUCCGACAGAAGGGGCUGCAGGUCUGCCGGCGGUGGUGGUGGUGGUGGCGGAGCUGGUUCUCGGACCGCCAGCCGGGUCCAGCUGUUUUCUCCUGCCUCCUCUGUGUCACCUGGAAGCGAGUGGGAAGCUUCCAGUCAGUCGGGAUGCCACUCUCUGAGCGGGGUCAACGCCUUCAGCAGUCCUUCCUUUAACACAGCAUGGAGCCCCGCGUCCAGGCCUUCGGGCUCAGAGCGCCGCUCCGGUCAGAGGAUCAGUCUCGGGGACUACAUGGUUUCUCCGCCUGACCUCCAGCCCAGCCCCAACUUCCAGUCACAGAAGGGCCGCAGGAGAAGCGGCGGCAGCAUGCCGAUGGGAGGGCAAGGAAGACAUGCAGGGGGGCGUGGAGGACAUCACAGUGACGAGAGCGGACGGUGGGAGAGUGGCGGGAGGAGAUCAGGUAGAGGAGGAGGAGGGUACGGUAGGAUAAGCGAGCAGAUUUCACCUCCGUCUGCGGGGCAGCUCAACUUCAACAACCUGGAGGACUUCCCUCCUGUUGGGUCUUCACCUAUUUCACCCGCGGCAUCCAAACCAUCUAGAAGAAUAAACCCAACACCAGUCGGGGCAGAGCGGCCACACUCUAAACCAAAGAUCUGCUUCACCUCCACGCCGUUCACCAAAGCGUCCACUCCUCCGGUGGUUGCAGAGUCGCUUGAAGGGUCCGUGACGGUGGGCAGUCCUCUGAGCCUGCAGGAAGAGAGGGAGCUACUAAAGAGGGAGAAGACAAAGCGUGCCCAGCAGGUCGGCUCUCCUCUGCCGUCCUCUCUGGACCCCUGCACCCCGACAAAGUCAGGUCUCAGGACAGGAUCUAAAGUUACACCGGAUAUGCAGACACCCUGUCCCGAACCGUCCAAAGUCACCUUCUCUCUGGAACUGGAUCUCCUGGCAGAGCUGUACUGUACCUGCAUCUCUGAAAAUCUAGUGCCAAACAUUUUCCUGGAGCUUUUCUUUGUGAUGCAGUUGUUAACGUCUCAGUCUCCUCACACUCACGAUGACGACGAGCAGGAAAGUUUGUGUGCAGCGAGUUCAGAUGUUCUGGAGAAAUGUUACCUGAGACAAGUACACAACUGUGUGUAUUUUGCCGUGAAGGUUCUGGAGAAUCAGUUUCAGCUGGUAGCUCAUUUGGACAAGUGUACCUUGCGUCUGCUGGCAGAGAACGAAAGGGUGGCAUUUUUCUCUCCGGAUCUCAAGGACCGUCUGACUCAGGCCCAGGACAGAAGCACAGCCAAGCUCUCUCCUUCAGUUUCCACUUUCAUCCACUCAGUCCCGUUCCAGCCUGCUACUGACAACCGGUCCAACUUCGGCAGUGACAAGGCCUUCCACACCUUUAAAAAACAAAGGGAUAUUUUUUACGAGGUGUUACGAGAAUGGGAGGACUUUCACAAGGAACCAGGGUGGAACUUUGACGCUGCUCUCGGGAGUCGGAUAAGAGGAAUGAUGAGUCAGCUGACGUCGGCAGGAAACCAUUCCCAUUUUGCUCGUCUGUUCCUGAAGCAGCUUGUUCAGAUGUGUAAAGGCCCCCGUGUGAACAGCUCUCCCGGGGAUACUCCUGACGCUGACCUGCUAGGGAUGCUGGGAGCUGACAGUCUGGGGCGUCUGAAGCGACUCGAGGAGCGUCUCAUUCAGCCUCACGGAGUCGUCGGUCCCUGCCCUCCUCCGUCCUUCCCCGAUCACCAGGAGUUCUUCAGGGACUUCCUUCAGACAGCGAGCUGCUGCCAGCUGAACCAGCACUUGCAGGACAGCCUGUGUCAGCAGCUCCUCCAGCUGGAUGAGGUGUCGAUCCGGAGCCCUCCAGCUUCAAUCGGUGAGAGGGGGGAGGAGGAGGAGGAGGGAGACGGGGACAUGGAGCAGCAGCAUGAGAAGCAGCGCUUCACCUCAGUGCUGCUCCUCGCUCGUGUUCUGGCUAAGUUCCUGGGAUUCAUUUCCUUUCUGCCCUACCAAACAUCUGAGAAACCAUCCAGGGAGAUACAGAAGGCUGCGAUAGCUCUGCGCAGCAAGAGUGUUCCAGUGCUGGAUGUGUGUGCUGUGCUGAGUAACAGUAUGAAAAGGAGGCGCACCAUCCUGACUGUGCCCUGGCUGGUGGAGUUCCUCUCCAUGCUGGACUGUAUCGGUCCUCUGCUGCUCUGCUACAGAACCGCGUUGGGCACACUGCUUCUCCUGUACAGGAGAAUGCUGCUGGGCAGAUGUGGAGAAAUGUGUUACCUGAACAAGCUCCUGAUGGUGUCUGUGUUGGGUUGGCUUUUCCAGAUCCCAGCGAUACCAGAGGACAUUUUCUUCACCAACGAGUUCACCGAGGUGGCCAAGCUGGAGGACAGCAGCACGACCACUGCAGGGCUUGAUUGCAUUCCCCUGGUGGAUCAGCAGCUUCUCUAUACAUGUUGUCCAUUUCUUGGUGAGUUCCGUAAGCUCCUGGCUGCCUUCGUGUCUGGAAGCACGGCCAAGAGUGGAGGCAUCAUCCGCAAGAUCACUCCCACAUCUGCUGAGCUCAGGGAUACGCCGGCUGCCAACAGGUCGCAGCAGAAACUGCAGGUGGACCUCGAGCAGGCCUUCUUUCACAACCAGCCUCCGUCGCUGCGUCGCACUGUGGAGUUUGUAGCCGAGAGAGUCGGAUCCAACGCUGUCAAGCACAUGAAGGCCACAUUGGUGAGCGAGCUGGUGGAGCGAGGUGAGAAGAUGCUGAGAGACGGACUCGAGACGCCAAAGUCAAAUCCUUCAAAACUGAACGACUCCAUCUGUGCUCAGCUGUGUGUUGCAGGAUUGGAGGCCCUGGCAAAAGCCACCAGAUUUUGCUGCGAGAAGAGUCCCGAAGCCAUACGCAUCCUGCUCCCCGACGAGACCUCCCCCGCUGUCCUGACCACGUCUGAAAACAUCACUAAACGUCUCGCAACAGAAAAAGCCUGCAGCUGGCUCUCCGCCAACAUCACAGCGCUGAUUAGACGAGAGUGGAAGAGCAGGUACGAUCGCGUGAUGAAGGCCAUGGCGAGCCCAUUGGCUCCAGACUCCGGGGACCCGGAGGGCGCCGUGGUUGAGCUGGUCACCCAGGAGCAGUUGACUACUCCCAAGAGGAAACAAGGAAGCGAGAGAGCGAUCUCCUGCCCUCCGCACUGCAGCCACAGCGCUUCCCUGCCAUCUGACAUCCUCAUUGAGAUGAAGGAGUUGCUGAGCGUUGCAGUCGGCCCCAGGACUCACGAUGAGCUGCCAACUCGCUCUCAGAUCAAAACGCUGCUGCAGAGAGUGGGAGACACACUGGCCUGCAGAAAGUUCUUAACUGUCAUGUCAGAGCAGAUGCUACUCAACUCUACCGUCCUACUGGCCUGCAAACUGGUGUCUGCAGAGCUGCCGGUGCUGUCUCUGUCAGGGUGCAAAGGAGGAGAUGGGGUUGUUGUGGGUCCCGGUUCAGGGUCAGAGCCUCCUGUCAGAGCGCUGCUGGAGCAGCUUGCCGAGAUGUGGGAAGGGGACUGCUGCGCCUCCGCCCCCCUCCACCUGCUCUUCACCCCGCUCACCGUCACGGCUGUGCUGAAGGCCAGCGACACUGAGUGGAACAACUACCUGCUCCUAGUUAGGAAGCUGGUUGACAGAGGAGUCCUGAGCGAGGAAGAGGUCGUAUCUCAUUGGAAGAAGCUAACUAACUUGGCCUUGCCGGCGACGCUGAUAGAAAAUUUUCAGCUGCGGUCACAGAGCAUUAAGCCGCCCUUGCCUCUGGCCGACUUGCAAAGCCACAUGGAGAUGCUGCAGGUCUCUCAACAGACAGUAGAGGGUGCUACAUGACAACAAUAAUACUACCCAGUAUCCCACAGCAUCUUUUUGGCGUGAUCUCCACAAUGUUUUGUGUCACAUCUGUCAGUGUGUUGUCCAAAAACAAGACACUUCUGGGCGACUUGUUGUUGUUGUUGAUGAUCAUUUUUUUCCCCGAGAUGCCUCUGCACAAAGCUCAGAGCUGUUCCAACACUUGGCCUCAGCACAUAACUUUGCAAGCUUCAGACUUUGUUUGUUCUCCACCUGUGAAGUGACAGCAGCCUUUCAUGAGUCCCUCUGCUCUUUUGCUAAGGCGCCAGCGAGAACCAGAAAGCCCUGUUAGUCAGAAGUAGCCGGGGACCAUCUCACACCUUUUUUAAAAUCUGUUGAACCUUCCUGCAAAGCAAAUCGAUCAUUGUGUCCAAAGGGAGAUGCGAGUAGAUCAAGCAUUUCAAACAGUCGAGAGCAGUUGACGGGAGAAGGGUCAGUGUCAAAAUGGGAAUUUGAAUGUUUUUGCAGCUGAGGACUAACUUCAGUAACUUCAGACCUAGGUGUUAUAAUUCCACUUUGUCCAUAUACGAUUCCUCCAAACAAGCCAUAGUUUGUCACGAAACACUUGCUCAGAUGAAAAAUGAACUGCAAAAUGUGAGUUUUGUUUUUUUUGGACCCACCGGUUUAAAUAAAUGUCUUAACUUUUAGUAUAGCACUUUUCACACACUGCCUUUUUGACCGCCACUACUAGUGAUUGCAUGUGUUAUUUCAUGAAUGCAAGGUUGCAUUUGUGCUUGUUUUUUGUUCAUG